GAGCGGCCAGUCUUAAAAUUCACCACCACAUUUACAGAUUCUCGUAUCAAAUCGAGCCAACACCUGUUGAAAAUGCUUUCAGCAAAGGUUUUCCUUCUUGGAUUUACUUUUGUUGCAACUGUUUGUUUUAGUGUAAAAGAAGCAUCAGUCUUGUCAAAUACAUCCGAACACCUAGUUUACGUAUUUGGAUCCGAGGGCGUUGAAAUCAUUGAUCCGAGGAGCAAAAAAGUUUUGCAUAAUAUCACUGAUGAUAUCUGCACUAAGUCAAACAAUCGCUUUUCCAGGAAAAAGUGUUCUUUUGGAGGAGUUAUUUCUGUUAAGGAUGAACUGAUUUUCUUCAGCGACAGUCCUGGGAAUCGAGUUCAUGUUAUUGAUGUGGAAAAACAAGAGGUUAAAGAAACAAUUCCAACCGGGGGAUAUCCUUAUGACUUGUACUACCUUCCCUGGCUAGAGGAGGUCUGGGUUCACACGUGGACGAAGUCUACGUUUGACGUCAUCAGUAUCGCGGGAAGUCUGAAGAAGACACAUACCGCCAUUAAGGCGCAUGUGCAACCGGGCUGGACACAUGGUUACAUGUACGCCGAUCAGCAAAUAGCGGAUGGAAACUUAGGCUACGUAACACAUAU